AUGGCCGUCCGCGAUGCUGAACGUCCGAAACCUUUCAAAGACUUUCUCCUGUUCACCCAACUUAUUCAUUUCCCUAUACUUUAUGCGUCGAUGGGUAUCCUCCAUGACCCGGAUAACCUGCACCACCCCGAAUGGGCGAAGACAUUGUUAUACCAGCACCCUAUUCUUUAUAUUUUUCCGGUAUUUGCUGCAAUUAUCGGUCUGAAAUUAGCCCUGGUGGCUUGGGAUGAGAGUUACAAGCCGGUGAAGUUUACAAAGUGUCGCAGGGAUUUAUCGAUUGGAUAUGGAGGGAUGAUAGCAUGUGGGAUAAUACCUCAAGUGUUGAAAGUGAUCCUGAUGGAGAGAGUAAAAGAUCUGAUUCUCUUCUCCGCCGUUUGCGCGGUCUCCAACUUCCUAUUUAUUGGGUUAUUCGUUUUGGAGCAUCACGAGAACUAUGGUACAACAAAAAAGGAAUCAAAAAGGGUAUUUGCUAGAAUCCUUCGAACUAUAAUGAUUCUACUACAAAUUAUUGUUACGGUAACAUUGGAAAACCACUUUGUCCGCGGAAAAUAUAGCGAAAAACAAACGAUACACACGGAGAUGUGGAUUUGUAUGUAUACUGUUUGUUAUAUACCGUGUACUGCUGAGUUCGCAGUGGUUUUGGCUGGGUGGAUCAGGCUGAAAGAAAAGUUGUAUACUGUAGCACCGAAGAGGGAGAGUUACCGGGAUCUACAUAGACCAACCACCAAUCAUUUGUCUCGGAUGGUUACUGUACCUACAGUAGCCAGGGAAGAGGAGCACGACGAAACAACUGGAAAUUCCACCAGCGGCACCGAAUGCAACAUCUGCAUGCUUCGCUACAGUACCACUACAGUAGUCCCCAGAAUGCUAGUUGGAUGUGGUCAUACAGUAUGCCAGGAGUGUAUCCAUAAGUUUCCAAGACAAGAUAUCCAAUCUGUACUCUGUCCCUUUUGUAGAAACCCGACAAGUUUGCCGGAUAACCUUCCCAACCACCUACCUAAGAACUAUGCCGUCCUGGAUAUCAUUCAUAAUUUGGAGAAAUAA